AUGGACUUUACACCAGAAAAAGUCAAAGAAGAUAGCAAAGAUUCUAUGAAGAUAUUUCUAAGUUCUUUAAACAAAACGGUUUAUCAAAUCGAAAAGCUCGAGAAAGUUAUCAAGGACUGUUAUAAGCCGAAAAAAGAAUUUUGCGACAUUAGUAGCAAUCUAUCGUUAUUAGCUGAAAAACUUAAAUCGGAAAAAUUAAGAAGUUGGCUUAUCGAUUUGGAAAAUAGUUCAGGAUGUAAAGAAACAGAAGUGGAACUGCGCUACGAAAAUCAAAAUCUCAAGGCAAAAAUUCAAAAUCUUGAAGAAGCACAGAGGAUAUCCCAAAAACCUGAAACAAUACAAAUUCAGUGUGAGGAAUGUGUCAAGGUUCAAACGCUCAAUCAGCGAAGAGCGCAACUAACGACGGACAUGAGUUUUGCUGGUUUCCAAAAAAUAACAGAGGAGGACUGGAACAUAGAAGUAUUCCCCAAAUGCAAAACAAAAAAAGAACAUGCCUGGGAGAUCUCAACAAAUUGCGAUGUAAUACUUCCUUGCAGUGUAGGCAUUGUAUCUAAUAACAAGGAGAUUAAUAGAGCAAUAGACAAAUUCGGGGGUCGAAAUGGGCUUCAGGAACAAAACAAAAAGGAAGGAGAUGUUGCAAUCAUGGCACAUUCCAUAGGCUUUCCUGACCCGACGGGAAACAUCAGAGAGAUAGGUGCCGGAAUAGUUGUUCUCAGUGAGCCAAAUAAAAGAGCUAUUGCAAAUAAGAAUGACUGGAUAUACGAUGCUGAUUUGGACACAGCAAUAAAAAUAUUGGACCGAAAUAUUGCUGUUAAGAAUCAAGGAAGUGGUAAAAAUUUCUGCUAUGUUACUACGCCCUCAUUUACAAUUUAUGGAUGCUACGCAUCUCCAAACAAGAAAAUAGAGGAACUAUCGGAUAUACUAGAGCAGAUAGGAAACUGCAUAAGAACAAGAGGCGUUGAGGCAAUAGUUGUUGGAGAUUUUAAUGCAAAAUCCCCACAAUGGGGAAUGAUGGCGAACGAUGCAAGAGGACAACUGGUUUCAGAAUGGAUAGCUGAACACGACCUAAUCGUCAAAAAUGUAGGGAAAAAACCGACUUUCCAAAGAAAUGGCUACGGCUCGAUACUUGAUUUGACUCUAGCAACGACAGGAAUUGGAAGAAAAAUCACUCACUGGGAAACGGAACAAUUUACGCUGCUAUGGAUAUUAUUAAUAAUGAUUGUAAUGGGUAAUUCAGCUGUUCUGAUUACAUUAUUAUUAAAUAAAACUCGUAAAUCAAGAAUGAAUUUUUUUAUAAAACAAUUAGCUAUUGCAGAUUUGUUGGUUGGAUUAAUAAAUGUAUUGACAGAUAUAAUUUGGCGUAUAACAGUCACAUGGUAUGCAGGAAAUGUUGCAUGUAAAUGUAUACGAUUUUCACAAGCAGUCGUAACAUACGCAUCCACAUACGUUUUAGUUGCAUUAAGUAUAGAUCGCUACGACGCUAUAACACAUCCAAUGAAUUUUUCAGGAAGUUGGCGACGUGCUCGAGUUUUGAUAACCACAGCAUGGACAUUAAGUUUUCUAUUUUCCAUACCGAUGCUAUUUUUAUUUGAAGAAAAACCUAUACAAGGUCAACUACAAUGUUGGAUUGAUUUAACACCAAUACAAUGGCGUAUUUAUAUGACAAUAAUAUCAAUUGUACUAUUUUUAAUACCAGCAUUAGUAAUAUCAGCAUGCUAUACAGUAAUUGUACGUACAAUAUGGUCAAAAAGUAAUAUAUUACUGGUACAUCCUACAACAAGUAGUGGUAUUACAUCAAGUAGUGGUCAUCAUCAUCAUCACCAUUCAACAAAUCGUGGUGGUCAACUACAACAACAACAACAUAAUAAUAACCAUCAACAGAAUCAUCAUCAUUUACAUCAUCAUAGUGGGAAUGGUACAAAUGCUGGAAGUCAUCAUCAUCAUUCGUCAUUAUCACAAAGAAAUCAUCAUCAUGUUACCAGUAGUGGAAGUCAAAGAAAUCAUCACAAUAUAGAACGAACAUUACGUGAUGAUAUUGAUGACGUCAGCGAUUGUAGAAGAGCCAGUUCACGUGGCAUUAUACCAAAGGCAAAAAUAAAAACAAUCAAAAUGACUUUUGUAAUAGUUUUUGUAUUUGUACUAUGUUGGAGUCCGUAUAUUGUAUUCGAUUUAUUACAAGUAUAUGGUUAUAUACCAAGAACACAAACAAAUAUAGCACUUGCCACAUUUAUACAAAGUUUAGCACCAUUAAAUUCCGCAGCAAAUCCGAUUAUUUAUUGCUUAUUUUCAACACACACGUGUAGAUCGAUUAAAAAUAUACCACCAUUCAAAUGGUUUUGGUGUUGUUGUUUUUGUAACAACACAGCCUACAAUGAGCUAUGUUUUGAUUAUCGAUCACGAUCGCGUCAUUCACGCUCACAAAAUGACUUUACAAGAACAAUAACAACAUCAUUAACUACACCGCAUUCUAGUACACGGCGUACAACAACCUCUUCAAUACGUCAACAAUUACGUUUACAAAAUAACAUUGGAAAUGAUUUAAUGGGUACUGGUAUUGGUGGUGCAAAUACUAAUGUUACUGCUGCAGCUGUUGUAGCAGCCGGUACAAAAUGUCCAAUGAUUACAACUACAACAACAUUACAUCCAAUUACUCCACGUGUUGCUAUAUCUGUUGUAUAAAUGAAUUGUGUAUUUGUGUAUUUUAAGCAUUUUACAUUAGCGUCUAAUGAGAAAAUCAAAUGGAGGCGAUGACUUUAAUGUAAAAACAAAGACAUGAAUUUACGAAACAAUUAGUAACAUGAUACCAAGUUCUUAAUAAAACUCGAUUCGAAGACUGUUUUAUACAUACUUAAUGACACUGAUUAAAACGAAAUUUAUAACAAAAGAUACAUAACAUUGUCUAAUUUUAUGUUUUUUUACGCGUUGAGGAUUUACACCAGAGCAAAUAUGCUGUUCCAAAUUUACAAAUGAUAGAGCACGAACGAAAGAUUAACUUGUAACCAAGUGGCGGCAUGAAAUUUUGACUGUAUGAAUUGUAAAUAAGCUCGUUUCAUGUAGGUACUAUAGAGAACCGUACACCCGCAGUAAAAGUGUACUAACUGGAGUACAAAAAAACAGUAUCUAUUAAUGAUCUGAUUGAAAAUCACAAUCGAAUGAUUUUUUGAAAGAUUCAAAUUUAAUUUCGUAAUAAGUAUUUGAAACUUUAUAGUGGUGAU